AUCACUUGUUGCGUCAUGAACACAGUUUAUGAUAGAACCGACACUCGUUUUUCUUCUGCACUCUCAAUUUUCAGAUUUUCGUCUUUUCUUCUUUAGUAUUUAAAUUUAUAUUUGUGUCAAGAUCAAGAAACUUUUGGAAAUUACAAGCAAAAGUCCAAAUAGAAAAUCGUAUCGAAUGCUACUACACAAAUAAUUGUAAUCCUAACCUAAAUAUUUCAUAAUAUAAAAUUCAACAUGAGUGAUGAUGUAGAAUCUUUACUUGCAGAGAAUAAAAAUCAUGGGCAAAUACGAGAGGAACUGAAAGAUAUGAGUUUCGAAGAAUUGCUAAAAUUAAAGGAGAAACUGGGAACCAAGGUAUAUAAUAAAGCAGUAUUUGGAAACAAAAACAAGAAAAAGACAGAAUUUAAACGGGAAAAUAAGAACAGACCACGUGAAAUGUCUUCUAAGAAACCAGUUUUUACAUUUAGAGAGAUAGUUCCGGUGAAAAAAGUUGCAGCCCGAGAUCCCAGAUUUGAUAGUUUAUGUGGUACAUUUAAUGAGAAAGCUUUCAAACAUUCUUAUGCAUUUAUUAAUGAUUUAAAGAAGAAUGAUCUCAAAACCUUGCAAAAUGAGCUAAAAGAGGCUACUGAUCCAAAAACUGUAAGAAAGAUAAAAUAUCUCAUUCAAAGGCUUGAAAAUCAAUUGAGGGAAGAAAAUAGGCGCAAGGAGAAAGAAGAGAAGAAGCAGGAAGAGAAAAAGAAACUGCUAGAAUCAAUAAAACAAGGAGAGAAACCUGUCUUUAAGAAAAAAUCUGAGACAAAAAUACUGAAUUUAGUCUCGCAGUAUGAAGAAUUAAAAAGUAAGGGUAAAUUAAAGAAGCAUAUUGAGCGAUUGCGGAAGAAAAAUAAGCAUAAAGACAGAGUAAAAUUGAAAACUCAGAUGGAAUAAAAUGUGUAUAUAUUGCGUACUUACAUAUAUAAGUGCAUACCAGAAUUGUGCAAAAAGAUAGGAAAAGGUUAAAUAUAAAAUUAUUGACACUUUGCGCGGUUGCGACUUUAUUAUUACGUAUGUUUUCUAAUAAAAGAGGUUGAAUGAAAUAAAUGGUGAAUUUAGAUCUGUCCGAUCGUCGGUAACAUCGCGAUAAGUAAAAUAACGUACACACACUAAUAUAAGAGUAUAUGUCAUACAUAAUUCGUAACUCUCGCUGCUAGAUGACACUGUAUAUUUUAAUCCUGACGGCGGAGAGGUUUGUUCACUGGUGAUCAACUGUACUUAAUUGUAUGAAGUAAACAAUUAUUUGGAGUAUCCUCGGAUAUUUGAAUGAUUCAAAUAAUGAAUGAUUAUUAUUUAAUAAAUGAUUGAAUCUGUCAAGUUA